CGCGCGCGCGCGCACUCGUCCGCCCGCGCGCCCCUCGGCCUCUCCUCAGCCUCCACCGCCUCAGCCGCCAUCAUGCUGGGCGCCGCUCUCCGCCGCUGCACCGCCUCGGCCGGGCCCGGGCUCCGGAGCCUGCUGCGGGGGGCCCGGGCCCCCAUUGCCGCUGUUCAGACAGCUCGUUGCUAUUCCCAUGGGUCACAUGAGACAGAUGAGGAGUUUGAUGCUCGCUGGGUGACAUACUUCAACAAACCAGAUAUUGAUGCCUGGGAGCUACGGAAAGGUAUGAACACGCUGGUUGGUUAUGACCUGGUUCCAGAGCCCAAAAUCAUCGAUGCUGCUUUGAGGGCAUGCAGACGGUUAAAUGAUUUUGCUAGUGCAGUCCGCAUUCUAGAGGUUGUUAAGGACAAAGCAGGACCUCAUAAGGAAAUCUACCCAUAUGUUAUCCAGGAACUUAGACCAACUUUAAAUGAAUUGGGAAUCUCCACUCCAGAGGAAUUGGGCCUGGAUAAAGCAUAAAUAUCAGGGACGGGCUUCUGAAGGAUUCUCUUGUUGUUGCUACAUGACUACACAAUCACCUGGAGAUGCUGAUGACAAAUUAUUAUCUUAUUUGAACAUGUUUUCCCUUAUUGAGACCCAAUCUCUGUAAUGUUAACUUGGACCUUAAUAAAAAGGGGAAACUGGUUUCAACUGAAA